GGACAAAGGCGGCGCGCCGCCUGUGUCAUCCGCCAUUUUGUGAGAAGCAAGGUGGCCUCCACGUUUCCUGAGCGUCUUCUUCGCUUCUGCCUCGACCGCCCCUUGACCACAGACAUGUCUCGGGAUCGGUUCCGGAGUCGUGGCGGUGGCGGUGGCGGCUUCCACAGGCGCGGAGGAGGCGGCGGCCGCGGCGGCCUCCACGACUUCCGUUCUCCGCCGCCGGGCAUGGGCCUCAAUCAGAAUCGCGGCCCCAUGGGUCCUGGCCCGGGCCAGAGCGGCCCUAAGCCUCCGAUCCCGCCACCGCCUCCACACCAACAGCAGCAACAGCCACCACCGCAGCAGCCACCGCCACAGCAGCCGCCACCGCAUCAGCCGCCGCCGCAUCCACAGCCGCAUCAGCAGCAGCAGCAGCCGCCGCCACCGCCGCAGGACUCUUCCAAGCCCGUCGUUGCUCAGGGACCCGGCCCCGCUCCCGGAGUAGGCAGCGCGCCGCCAGCCUCCAGUUCGGCCCCGCCCGCCACUCCGCCGACAUCGGGGGCCCCGCCAGGGUCCGGGCCAGGCCCGACGCCGACCCCGCCACCAGCAGUCACCUCGGCUCCUCCUGGGGCGCCGCCACCCACCCCGCCAAGCAGCGGGGUCCCUACCACACCUCCUCAGGCCGGAGGCCCGCCGCCGCCACCCGCGGCAGGCCCGGGCCCGGGUCCAGGGCCUAAGCAGGGCCCAGGUCCGGGCGGUCCCAAAGGCGGCAAAAUGCCUGGCGGGCCGAAGCCAGGUGGCGGCCCGGGCCUAAGCACCCCUGGCGGCCACCCCAAGCCGCCGCAUCGAGGCGGCGGGGAGCCCCGCGGGGGCCGCCAGCACCACCCGCCCUACCACCAGCAGCACCACCAGGGGCCCCCGCCCGGGGGGCCCGGCGGCCGCAGCGAGGAGAAAAUCUCGGACUCGGAGGGGUUUAAAGCCAACUUGUCUCUUUUGAGAAGGCCUGGAGAGAAAACUUACACACAGCGAUGUCGGUUGUUUGUUGGGAAUCUACCUGCUGAUAUCACGGAGGAUGAAUUCAAAAGACUAUUUGCUAAAUAUGGAGAACCAGGAGAAGUAUUUAUCAACAAAGGCAAAGGAUUCGGAUUUAUUAAGCUUGAAUCUAGAGCUUUGGCUGAAAUAGCCAAAGCGGAACUUGAUGAUACGCCCAUGAGAGGUAGACAGCUUCGAGUUCGCUUUGCCACGCAUGCUGCUGCCCUUUCUGUUCGUAAUCUUUCACCUUACGUUUCCAAUGAACUGUUGGAAGAAGCCUUUAGCCAGUUUGGUCCUAUUGAAAGGGCUGUUGUAAUAGUGGAUGAUCGUGGAAGAUCUACAGGGAAAGGCAUUGUUGAAUUUGCUUCUAAGCCAGCAGCAAGAAAGGCAUUUGAACGAUGCAGUGAAGGUGUUUUCUUGCUGACAACGACUCCUCGUCCAGUCAUCGUGGAACCACUUGAACAACUAGAUGAUGAAGAUGGUCUUCCUGAAAAACUUGCCCAGAAGAAUCCAAUGUAUCAAAAGGAGAGAGAAACCCCUCCUCGGUUUGCCCAGCAUGGCACAUUUGAGUACGAAUAUUCUCAGCGAUGGAAGUCUUUGGAUGAAAUGGAAAAACAGCAAAGGGAACAAGUUGAAAAAAACAUGAAGGAUGCAAAAGAUAAAUUGGAAAGUGAAAUGGAAGAUGCCUAUCAUGAACAUCAGGCAAAUCUUUUGCGCCAAGAUCUGAUGAGACGACAGGAAGAAUUAAGACGCAUGGAAGAACUUCACAAUCAAGAAAUGCAGAAACGUAAAGAAAUGCAGUUGAGGCAAGAGGAAGAACGACGUAGAAGAGAGGAAGAGAUGAUGAUUCGUCAACGUGAGAUGGAAGAACAAAUGAGGCGCCAAAGAGAGGAAAGUUACAGCCGAAUGGGCUACAUGGAUCCAAGGGAAAGAGACAUGAGAAUGGGUGGCGGAGGAGCAAUGAACAUGGGAGAUCCCUAUGGAUCAGGAGGCCAGAAAUUUCCACCUCUAGGUGGUGGUGGUGGCAUAGGUUAUGAAGCUAAUCCUGGCGUUCCACCAGCAACCAUGAGUGGUUCCAUGAUGGGAAGUGACAUGCGUACUGAGCGCUUUGGGCAGGGAGGUGCGGGGCCUGUGGGUGGACAGGGUCCUAGAGGAAUGGGGCCUGGAACUCCAGCAGGAUAUGGUAGAGGGAGAGAAGAGUACGAAGGCCCAAACAAAAAACCCCGGUUUUAGAUGUGAUAUUUAGGCUUUCAUUCCAGUUUGUUUUGUCUUUUGUUUAGAUACCAAUCUUUUAAAUUCUUGCAUUUUAGUAAGAAAGCUACCUUUUUAUGGAUGUUAGCAGUUUAUUGACCUAAUAUUUGUAAAUGGUCUGUUUGGGCAGGUAAAAUGAUGUAAUGCAGUGUUUGGAACAGGAGAAUUUUUUUUCCUUUUUUUUCCUUUUUUUUUUUUUCCUUUUUUACUGUAUAAUGUCCCUCAAGUUAUGGCAGUGUACCUUGUGCCACUGAAUUUCCAAAGUGUACCAAUUUUUUUUUUUUACUGUGCUUCAAAUAAAUAGAAAAAUAGUUAUAAUAUUGAUCUUCAACUUUGCCAUUCAUGCUUCUAUGCACAUUAGGCUAGGUAUUCCACAUUGAAAGCAUGAGAGUGUCUAGGCCUUUGAAUGGCGUAUGCCAUUUCUGGGAAGUUUAUCUGGAGGCUAAGUAUUGCUUUCUACAAAUAACUGCCCCCUUUGUUUUAAAAAGAAGAAAUGCAUAUUGAAGUAGUUUCAUGAUUUGUUUGGCAUAUAGGAAGCACGCUGGUGCUAAGUAUUUUUUAAAUGGUUAUGUAAGCAAAGCUGAACUGUAAAUCUUCAUUCAGGAAUAUGUAUUAAGAUUGUGGAAUGGGUGUAAGACAAUUGGUAGGAGGUGAAAGUGGGUUUGAUUAAAUGGAUCUUUUAUGGCCCUAUGAUCUAUCCUUUACUUGAAAGCUUUUGAAAAGUGGAAAGAUCAUUUUGUUGCAUUUCCCCAUUUCUUGUUUUUAAAAGACCAACAAAUUUCAAGCCCAAUAAAUGGCUUGUAUUGAACUUUCACAUUUGAAUUAAAGAUUGUUAAACAUGAAGCCUUUUCAUGUAUUCAAGUGAUUUAUAAAGAUGGGGUGUAGUCUAAAAAAUUAAACUUGAAAAUAAGGUUUAGUAACUGGGCUGGGCGCGGUGGCUCACGCCUGUCAUCCCAGCACUUUGGGAGGCCGAGGCGAGUGGAUCAUCUGAGGUCAGGAGUUAAAGACCAGCCUGGCCAACAUGGUGAAUCUCUGUCUCUACUAAAAAUACAAAAAAUUAGCUGGGCGUGGUGGCAGGCGCCUGUAAUCCCAGCUACUUGGGAGGCUGAGCCAGGAGAAUUGCUUGAACCUGGGAGGUGGAGGUUGCAAUGAGCCGAGACUGUGCCACUGCACUCCAGCCUGGGCAACAGAGUGAGACUCUGUCUCAAAAAAAAAGGUUCAGUAACUGAAGUAGGUUUAGUUAUGUAUACAUUUGUACUCUGUAACUUUUACAUCUCCUUGUGCUACUUCUGUUGGGCAAAAUCUAUAGGACUAUAAAAGUCUAUUGGUUCUCUUCUAAGAGCUAGUGGUGACUGUUAACAAGUAGGGUUGCAGAUAAUCAUUCUUACUGUAAAUUUGUUAACUUGUUUUUACUUAGUUUCCUUUUGAUGUAGCACUAAAUCUGGAGAAAGUUGCUCAUGCUACACAGUACAAAUAUCCCUUCCUACCACCUUAAAGGCUUGGAAUGUUUCCAUGGUGUUGUCAGUUAAUUGUCAACUUCAUUGAACCCCCUUCCGUUAGAACAAGAGACUUUGACUAUUAAAGUAGAUGGUUUAUUGUUGCCUGUUAGUAUAAUGGGAGCCUGAUUUCCCAGUGUAAAUACGUUAGAGGAACAACUUCCUAACAGUAGGUAAAGUAAUUGAAUGGUUUGGCUUUGUUCUUAGUUAUGUUCCAUUCAAAUCUGUACAUUAUAGAACUCUUACUAUGGAAUGUGUCUUCCUCCUUUUCACCUCUGUUCUUGGUGCUAAUUGGCCAAAGAAAAAUUCUAAGUCAAACCUUUAUUAACAUGCUGAAGUUUAGUAUUGUGUCUGUGUACAAAAGAAGACCUAUUGUUGGAACAAUCCGAGCACUUUCUGCAUAGGAAACAGGAUAAUGCUGAAACACUAGUGUAUAAAAGCAUCUCACUAAAUUCUGGUUGUAUGACUGACAGGUACAUGGUGUGCUAAGGGAGAGAAUCUCAUUAGAAAAUAAUGCUCAUUAUUUCAUUCACCAGCACACUUGGAAAUAUGAGUAGUUUUACCAUGGUUAUAUCAAUGAGAAAGUUUUGUCCCAAAACAGAUCAUUAAUGGGUGAUACAUAAGAGAUUUUCUGUAUGGAAACAAGGGUCUUGAUUAGAAAGGAAUCCAUUACAGUUUGGUUGAAUUAUAUAGUUAGGGACUCUAUUAAGACAAGGAAAUAAGGGGUGUUCAUGGGACACCCACAGAGGGUGAACUUUUUGAAUGUGUGGGUGGGGGCUGGUCGGGAAAUGGGAAAAUCUGCCUAUAAAAUUAAUGUUUCAGUUUAUUUUUCAGAUUACAUGCCUUUCUUUAUAAGGGAUGCUGGCACAGACCCCCUAAAAUAAGCUUUUGGUAGUACUGUACCUUUGAAGAGUGGUGAAGGAUGCUAAUGGAUAAUCUCCUGAAAGUUGUGGCUUUUGAUACCCUUACUGUGGACUGUAGAGUUGCUAAACGUUGUUUAGCAAAUAAUGUUGCUUAGUUUCAAAUGACAUUUGACUUUAAUCACUGAAAUGAUUAAACUGGGUACAACAGCAAUGUACCCAGGGUUGUAAGCUUACUCAAAUAGACUUUCAAUAAGUCUUCAAUGUAUAUAUGAUAGUUUUUAGCCUAAUGUGAAUUUAAAUAAUCUUAAUAAGUAGUUUAUCUGAAACUUGGGGUGGGAAAGGGGGGGGUAGCAGUUUUGAAGUAUUUUAGCCAUUUUUCUCAUUUAAAGAAACCACUUGUCCCCAUUUCCUCUUCUCCACUGUCUCAUAAUUUUAAGAGGAACACUGGCUGUGUUUUAUACUACUUCCCCCAAUCUUUACAAAGUACAUACUCUUAAGAUCCCAGUGUAUUUAGUAGGUAUUUUAUAAGCAUAGCCCAUUGGCUCGUGUUAGUGAAACCAUAAUCCUCUUUGCUUAGAACAUUUAUUAAACUCCUUAGAAGUACUACAAACCCCACCACUCUUUAUAGAUGUAUUGUACGACUAAUAUAAACAGUUAAAAAAUGGGGAAAUUGUAAUGUUACGCCUGUGCAAUUUUUAAGUGGCAUAUUAUGGCAGAUUAAAAUUUAGAUACUUGGCUUUUCUUGGGCAAGCCACUAAGUUGUGGCAGAAUGUCUUCUGGUGUUCUUGGACUGCAAUUAUGCACUAUUAAAGUAGUGGCCUGCUACAUAACUGCAUUUAGCCAGCAUUUCUGCAGUGCGUAACUGUGAGGAACGUAGUACCGCAAAUGGCAAUGGACAUUAGGACCCGGAUGUAGUAUUCCUGCUUGCUCCAAGAUUCUCAUUGCCGACUGCAUACAGGUAGGUAACAAGCAAUAUAAUCUAACUUGGUGACUUGCUAUGUACUUUUAUUCCGUGGGCAUUCUGGCAUCACACUUCUGACAAUGAAAUUACAGUGCAGCACCUAACACUUGUAUGGUAAAGCUAGCUUACAUCAAAACUGUGUGGGUGUGGGGUUAGAGCUGUAAUUUGUUAGGCAGAAUUCAGUGCUGUUGCAGUUCUCAGAUAAAAAGUGCAAACUUGAUUCUUUGGUAUAUCUGACUCAGUUGUGUGGUUUCCUUUAGUUGCAUUGUAACUGAAGAUAACAUGGAACACAUCAGUGGUGUGGGGGAGAGGGAACUAAACUCUACUUGGGAACUAGGGUGCUUUUAGCACCUUGACAUGGGCCGUAUAGCAUGUGAUAAUUAGUCUUUAUUGUAGCAAACUGACCUGCCCAUAGAUCGGCAAUAUCAGUAAUUUCAGUAUGCAAUCUUGGUAAUUCUACGAGUUGAGAUGAACUGAAAGUACAGGUUUUUUUGUAAUGCGAUUUAAAAUUUUUAGAAACAUGGGCUUCAUGAAAACACCAUUGUUACUAACUUGGGCUUAGAUGGGAAUCUAAUGUGAAUAGUUCAAGUUAUGGGACUUGUCUAAAUAUGUCUAUACUCUAAACCUGGGGGAAGGUGGUGUGGAACAUUGACUACAGUCGAAUACAUUUUGGGAAUCAUUCCCAAUCAUAAGACAUCGUCGUUUCUGUAGGAUGACUGCAUAUGUUCAGAGUAGCUUUUUGAAUUUGGUUCCCUUAGCUUGAGGGAUGUGAUGUUAUAGUCCAAAAUGUUUACAAGAAAACCUAAGUCUUCAAAAGCACUUCUUCUGUUGCUUAGGACUUUGCAUCAACUGUUGUUCCAGACCUCACUUCAACUUUUUGGUCUCUGAACUGGUUUUUAGCUAGCAUGCAUGAGAGACAGCUUUCAUGUAUAAUGUUUCUGCUCUGUAACUGGAAAGCGGUUUACUUUGCAUAAAUGCUGAUGAAACCUUCAUGACUAUGAUAAUUUUCUUCUGUGUAUCAAGAAAAAGAGCUUACUCGUUGGCAAGCAAUUCACAAGGUGGGGACAGACUUGUACUUUAACAUGUAGUCCAUUCAAGCAAACAACUUUGGACUCUACUGAUAGAUGAAAGAGCAAAUGAUGACUAGUUUAGCUUCUGCAUAUCAAUAAUAUAAUGCAGAUCAAGUAUAAUGCUCAAUAUUAGUGACAUGAGUAUCACUAAAUUACAUAGAACCCUGAUGGGGGUUUCCUGUGUCGUAAUCCAUUAAAUCGGUGGCCACUGCUUGCUGCCGUGGUUUAGUGAUUGGGUGUUAGAAAUAAAAACUCAGGCCUGUUUCUUACCAGUCAGUAACAAUUUUUAGAGAAUGUACUUGGUAUAAUAUAUGGACUUCAGGAACUUCAUUGGGGUGGGGGGUUAAUUUUGCCUUAUCCUGUUCACUUUAAGAUGAUUAGGCUUUUGCACUUUAGAAUGAGAAACUUGUGACGUUAGUGUGUUCUUACUAGCUUUAAUUUGUAUCUAGGAAUGAAUUGUGAAUUUUAGUGCAGUGGGUUUUUUACGAAAACUCAGUCAAAAAGCUGGGAAUUAAGUGGGUUUCAGUAAUAAUGCUAUACCGAGGUGCUUGCAUUGUAUUUCAUAAUCUUGUUACAAACCAAAAUUAUUUUUAAUGAGAGCAGUCUUGGGUUCAGAGGUGUGAUGCCAGAAUGUAUUUUCGUACUGUUAGGCCCUUGGAACAGAUACCGGUGCUUUCUGAAAGAUGAAAGAAAUGCAAUGGGUGCUCUUCAUGCAAGGUUGCAGACCUACCAAGAAUGCAUAAUAGUCUCACUUUUCCCCAAUAAAGAGAUGCGUGUGACUAGUUUUGGACUUUAACCUUAAUGGGGGUUGCAUGUCUCCUAUUGUUAAUCAUUGUCAGCUGCAGUGACAUGAUCCACAGUCCUGCAUUUACUGCCUUUCCCUUAAUGAUUUUGGACAGGUUUUAGAGAGCCAGGAUGUUGGUCUGGGCCUUUAUUUGGUUUUGGCUUUAGCUGAUAAUGUUUUAGUGAUGUCAGCUAGUGCAGUUCUCAAAUGGCUGCCUAUUAGGGAAAUAAUUCAGAGGAUUUGACUGCUCCUAAUCAUCUGUCAUUGCUGCUAGAUAAUGAUUGGCAAUUUUUAAGACUCAACUGGAAAUCUCAACAGUUGCUGGUAAACCAUUAAACCAUAAAAGCGUUGCUUUUCAACACCAGUGCUGAAAAAAAGAUUGAUUUUUUUUUUUUUUUUUUUUUGAGAGUGAAAAGGGCUUGGACGUAGGAUAGGAUAAUGUGGAGAAUGGGGGGAAGAAUGCAAAACGAUAUAGUAUCCCUUAUGGACGGUACAUGUGCAACAGGGAACUCUUAUUUCAUAUACCCUUUGCAGUAAUCAUUCAGGGAGGAAGAAAAACCUGGAACUUGAAUGAAGGCUGAUCUUUGUUUUGUGCACUGUGGCCCUGCCAGGCAUAUAGUGAAGGUGAAUGAAUGUCUUCUUCCUCAGAAAAUAAUUGGUUCCUUGCUGUCCCAGUAAGGCAUAGCUUUUCCGGCCCUAACUUUAAAACUCAGUGAGGACUUAGACGGGAAAGAAUGAGGUAAAUACAAAGGAUUGCAGGACAACAACUGCAGCGUUGUGUACUGUGGGAAGGGGAGUUGGGCAUUCUUGGAGGACUCCUGCUGAAGGUGGUCAGCCCGCCUGACAAUGGAAGACAUACUUGAAUGGGGAGCAGGGUAUGUGCUUUCAUAUGAAAAAAGAGCUGAUGUUAAAACUCAUUUGGUGAGGUCAACGUUGUCACAUACCUUCACAUAAGGGAUAGUAUAUUUUGGGUUGCAGUCAAACUUGUGCUCAGACUGGUGAAAAUAAGGGUUAGGCUUUCACAUUUUAAAGAAAAUGCAGUUUUCAUUCUAAUUCAGGUGUCUACUUAUUUUAUGUAAGAAUAAUUUUAGAUUUCCCCCCCCAUGAAGUUUCUUCCUAUUUUUUUUUAAUGCUGUAACUUACCCCCAAUCUUUAUCUCUGGAAUUUUACUCUUUAAAUUUUGAAGUUGACUAGCAUUUUCAGACCUUUAUUUUUAUACCCUUGUCUUUUAUAUUAACUUUUUCUCAUUAUUCUUUAGGUAAGAAUGAUUGAUGUUGGCUGAUAUUGGAGUGCUCGUUCACAUGAAGUGGAUAGAUACUUCUCAAGACAUCACACAGCGUGAGCCAAUCAAGGAGGGAAGCCACAAGCAGUUAAGACUGACAACGUUUGUAGCAGGAUCAGGUGAGCUGUGUCCAGAAAACCAACAAGAAGGAGUGGAAGGAGGAAUGAACGUUUCAUUCUCAUUAAUAAAGACAUUAUCCUAAUUA